AUGGAUUUAACGGAAGAAGUGGGGAAGCCACUUGGGAAUGGAAACUCCCCAAAUCCGACAUUAUUUCAAAAUCCAGGCAUUCUUAAAUCUCAAAGGCAAAAUAAGGAGUGCACCAAAUAUUUUAAGUUUUGGAAAGGUAAACAUUUACCAAAAAGUAUAUGCGCAUAUCAUCAUACCAAGUCAAAGUUCUUGUUUCAACAGACUUGGUGGGUUUUAUUCUUGUCAACCGAAACAUCGAAAAUAAUGGGAAUUUUUUUUCUGGAAGCUUCUCCUCCAACAUGGAAAGUUAUAACUUGGAAAGUUAUUGCUCAGUGGUGGAGAAGAUACAACAAGUUCACAUUGUUGGCUUUGCCAACGCACCGUUUCCUUCUCUGCAAGCGCAGUCAAUUGCUAACUCCUGUGCUCCUCUCAGAGGAUCAAAAAUGUGAAGAUAAAGGCGCUACUAUUAGGAAGGGAAAGAAAUAUUCUUUAACAUUUAAUUUUAUGCUUGGCGUCAAAAAGCUACUGCCUCAGUUGUUACUAACACUAGUUAAGUCUCCUGAACCAUCGUCUGUAGAAGCAUCAUUAGAUUUUGCCUGUGCUCGUAAAGUGGUUAAAAAAUUGCGCAACUUCUUGAAUUUGCAGAGUAGCCGUAAUAUUUGA